UGUGUGAGAGUGUGUGUCUGUGGUGUGGUGUACAUUUCCCUGUCCACUUACCAGCUCUCUCAUUUCACUGGUAGAGGACUAAAGGACUCAAGGACAUCUUCCCAUCCAGAGCUGCCAGAUAGCCACCAUCCAGCGCUGCCAGAUAGCCACAGAGCAGUACUACUGUAGACAGCCUGUAUCAAUAUCAAUUCAGCUGAGGUGUGAUUCUUGCUGGUUGAAAACUCGGAUCAGAUCAACCUAUCAUCUGCACCAGAUACCCAACACCCAGUGAGUUGGUGUGGCUGUAGUUAGCCACCAUGGGAGCCUACAUUGCCAAGAUGCUGCUGCCCACCGUUAGUAGCCUGGUGUUCCUGCCUGCAGCCAGCGUGGCCACCAAGCGAGGCUUCCACAUGGAGGCCAUGGUCUACUUCUUCACCAUGUUCUUCACCACGAUUUACCAUGCGUGUGAUGGGCCGGGCCUCUCCAUCAUAUGUUUCAUGAAGUAUGAGAUCCUGGAGUACUUCAGCGUGUACGGAACAGCCAUCUCGAUCUGGGUCACGCUGAUAGCUUUAGGGGAUUUUGAUGAGCCAAAGCGUUCUACUCUGACCAUGUUUGGGGUUUUGACCUGUGCUGUGAGGAUCUACCAGGACCGCUGGGGCUAUGGGAUCUACUCUGGACCAAUAGGAUCAGCAGUAUUCAUAAUCACUGUCAAAUGGUUGCAGAAAAUGAAAGAGAUAAGAGGCCUCUACCCUGAGAAGAGCGUAUACACCCAACAGGUGGGACCAGGAUGCUGCUUCGGUGCCCUGGCUCUGAUGCUCCGCUUCUACUUUGAGGAGUGGGACUACGCCUAUGUCCACAGUUUCUACCACCUGUCUAUGGCUGUGUCCUUCGUGUUGCUGCUACCCAAAAAGAACCGCUAUGCAGGAACAGAUGGCAACCCUGCCAAGCUCAGCUGCUACACCCUCCUCUGCUGUACACCUUUUCCUGCUUCUACGAAGGAGAAGAAGGACAAGAAGAAGACCCCGUCUCGAACCAUUUGGACAUUUCCCACUGAGCGUCCUUGGACACGGGCCUGCAGCUCACCAACUCUCCCUCUGUACAACCCACCUAGUACACCUGUUAAGAAAGCACUGGACAUCACUACACCUGUUAAGAAAGGAUGGGAGAUCAUCAGUACUACACCUGUUAAGAAAGGAUGGGAGAUCAUCAGUACUACACCUGAUAAGAAAGCACUGGACAUCAACACUACACCUGUUAAGAAAGCACUGGACAUCAACACUACACCUGUUAAGAAAGCACUGGACAUCAACACUACACCUGUUAAGAAAGCACUGGACAUCAACACUACACCUGUUAAGAAAGCACUGGAUUUCACUACGCCUGUUAAGAAAGGAUGGGAGAUCAUCAGUACUACACCUGAUAAGAAAGCACUGGACAUCAACACUACACCUUAUAAGAAAGCACUGGAUUUCACUACGCCUGUUAAGAAAGGAUGGGAGAUCAUCAGUACUACACCUGUUAAGAAAGGACUGGACAACAGCACUAAAACUGUUAAGAGAGCACUGGACUUCAGCAGCACUAAACCAGUUGAGAAGGGACUGGACAUCAGACUAGAUAUUAGCAGCACUAAACCUGUUCACAAAGGACUGGACAUCAGCAAGCUCAAAGAACAGAAUGGGUGGAAGUGACCCCACAAGACAGAUAAACUUUUAUGAGUCAGUUGGUCUUGGUGAUGUCCAGAGAGAAAGCAAAUAGAGAGAGAACGAUGUCAUACAAUACAGGGUUACAGGAACACAGACAUCAUCCAUGAAGGUCAAGCCCUGGCCUGUGCCCUCAGGGAGACAAAGAGUAUGGCUGUCUCUUCUGUCUGUACAGAAAACAGGAGAGAAGCCCUUUACUUCAAAACAUGAGGAGAGUGACAGGGAGAAGGGUUCCUGAGGCAAGCCAGUAAAACUGACUGGAAAAUUUGUGAGUAGCACAGGCGGCAGACAUUUUUUCUCUCCAAGAUGAAUAAAUUGUCUUUCAAAUGUUUCUCAGGAGGGACCUUUCGUCUGCUGCUCUCUCUCUCUGAGAAAGGAACUAUGCAGUUAAAUUCAGUUAUGAAAAUUACAAGAUUGUAAAAGCACAUUUUACUUGCUUUAUAUAUCCCCUAGGUGCCAAACAUGUCAUCUGGUGCAUCAGACUUUUGAGUGCAGCAGAAUCCGGUCCAGACACUAGACUGUAAACCAAUUGCAGCGUUUUAGAAUGUUUACAAUGAGGCGGCAGGUAUUUAUUCCACUAUAUUGAGUGACCAAGCAACUUUGACUUUGUAUCCUUACUUUUCAGCCUCACUUUCGCUUUUUAUGAUGAACUUUACAUAAUGCUUAUUUAUUGCAAUGGGAAGGGCUUUAUUUAACCGUGAUGGUUUCACUAUAAUGUAUGUAAUUCUUUUGAAAAUAAAUAUCUGAAAAUAAA